AUGUUAUCUGACACUGUGGGCAACUCUUAUAAAACUGAGCCACAUCCAGAGGACCGGGUUUACGCUGGGGUCUUUGGCUGCAUUAUGGUGAUAGGUCUGCCUCUCAACGCAGCAUCACUGUGGAUUCUUCUUCGCCGUCACAGCCUCCAAUCACCCAACGCUGUCUUAAUGGUCAGCCUGGCAGUAUCAGACCUGCUGGUCAUCAUCUCUUUGCCCAUGAGGAUCUACUUUCACGCCACCCGCAGAUGGCCUCUGAGCAAUAUGGCAUGCCUCAUCAUCACAAUGCUUUUUCGCAACAACCUCUGGUCCAGCGCCUUCUUCAUUACUUUCAUCAGUGUGGACAGACUGCUGGCUGUGGUUUAUCCUCUGAGGUCACGCCAUCUUCGAACGUCAUCCAAUGCCUGGAAAGGAGCAGCAGUGGUCUGGCUAUUUGUUCUGAUAAUGAAUGUCCCAGGGUUUAUGGACUUAAAACAUUUUAAAAACAGAAACAAUACCACUUGUUUUGGACCUCUUGAUUCUAUGAGUGCAACACAAUCAGCAGUUAUUUAUUUUCAGAUGGCGUUAAUCGUCACAAUGCUAGCAGUCAACAUUAUUUGCACCGUUAUGGUGUCUUGGACUUUAUGCAACCGUCCCAGUGACACUGCAAAGAUCAACAACAAGGUGAAUGUAAUGCUGAUUUUUGCCAUGAAUUUGGUUUUAUUCACUAUCUGUUUUUUGCCUGUGCAAAUAGGUUUAGCCACAAAAAGUUUUGCUCAUCUAACCCCACUUGUAUGUCUUGCUGCUGUGAACUGCUGUCUGGAUCCUCUGCUGUAUUACUUUUCUUUUGACUCCUUUUGGAAGAAAAAGGAAGAUGCAAUAAAGGAAGGAGAAAUGUAG